AGUGCACCACAGUGGCAGGCAGCUCCAGCUCAAAUAUAUUAUAAACAAGAAGUCAAGCCGGCUCACCUCGUAAAAAGCGCAUUCAACACAUGCAUAAAAAGUAGUUUGUGAUGAAUGCGUCUCACAGGCAAACAAGAUGACUGCAGCUUCAUGUAAACUGGAUGAUGGACAGAGCAAUCCUGCCAAAUGUUUCCCACCCCGGACAUUAUACCGGCCAAGGAAAGAAGGUGCUGGUCAUUGGCUCGUGGCCUACAGAAAGGCAGAGGAGCAGAGAUAUAGGAAUGUGCACCAAAGGAAAAAAGGGGCUUAUAAAGAAUGUGAGAACAACAGGUGGGCAGAUUCUCCUCAUGCUAACACAUUAGAUGGACCUCUACUGCUCCAUUUACAUUGUGUUGAUAAGCCGUCUGAGCUCUGCUCUGUCGACAUCAGUGAGCAGAAACUGGAGGCUGUGAAGCCGGAGGAACUUAAGGAGUUUGACAAUGUAGCUUACAUCGAUGCAUCUGUUAACUCCCUCUCUUUAGCGUCUUUCAGCAGCUUUGUGUCUUUAAGAGAACUCAAUCUGUCAUUAAAUGGGCUUUGCCGUAUGACGUUUCAUGCUGCUGACUUCCCUCAUCUCGAGGUUUUAGAUUUGUCCUACAACACUUUGUCAGCUGAUGAUAUUGUUCUGAUCGGUCGGCUUCCACGUCUAAAAGUCUUUCAUCUGACUGGAAACCAGCUUCAGCAUCUUCCUCCUAAUCUGGGAUCCUCCAACUUUGACUCAACUCAACAGCCGGCUAAAGAAGAAGAAGACACACGAUUCAAAGCUCUUGAAGUCCUGAUGCUUGACGAUAACAAACUGUCCUCUGGUGUCUUCAACAGUCUCGCAAACCUCAAGAGGCUAAGGUAUUUAAACCUACAAGGGAACCGCAUUUCUGAGAUACCAUAUUUGCAGCUUGCAGUUCGGUCCAAACCUUUGCAGACUUCUAUUGAAGAGCAAGCUGAAGAAGAGGGAUUGGCCCACGCUGAGACAAAUUCCAACAUCACUCAACAGCAAAACUGGGAGCAGAAAACAUCCAGCUUCCCACUACCACAGCUUCAGGUCCUCAAUUUAUCCGACAACAAGAUUUCAGAGGAGGAAGCAGUGAUGGCAGUCGCUCUCUUCCCAAUGCUUCAAGAAAUUGACCUUCACUCCAACCCUCUGACCACACGGAGGAGUGGAGACCCUCCUUUACUGACCUAUUACCUCCAAGAGAGACUGGGGAUUAUGAUAAAGCGUAAGAAGACUGAAGAAGUAGUGAAGCUGCCUCUGAAGGUGUCUACGGAUCCAAAAUGGAAGGUGGAAGAAAGAUUCCUAAAAAAGCCCAUGUUAAUGGAUGCACCGUCUCCUGCUGAAAGAAGUGAAAGAAUACGAGAAUAUGAGGCGGAGAACAGCGGAGAGGACACCUUCCAUGAAGAUGCAGGGCACUUCUUUGUCACUCAGGCAACAGAUGGUCAUGAAUAUGAUCUUCCAGCUGAUAGUAAAGAAACGGCAGAGAACAAGGAUGAUGACAUUGCUGAAAGAUUCACACUCCACAAAAUGUCGAUGAAUGCAAAAUCAAACCCUGAUGCGGUGGAGCCCGUUGGAAUUCAAACCGCUGUUCGGAUGCUGGAACACACACUGAAGAAUCUUAAUGUUUACAGAGAAUCCAAACCAAAACUUGAUAGCAUCCAGACGCCUUACAGAGAAAGAGAGAAAAGGAUUAAGGAGCUUCCAGCUGUGAAGCCAAACAAGCAGCCAACUGAAAGGCUUGAUGAAAUGAUCAAGGAAAUCAAGGAGAGUAGAACAAUCAGAGAAGUCCCCUUAAGCAGAGCCAUACACGGCAGCGGUGUUAACAAGCAAGAGCAUAAGGAAGCUCUGUUGCUGCUGAGGGACAUGAAGGCAAAACACAAGAUGGUCCAUAAGAAAACAAUGGAGCAAGCAGCCAGCCUCGAGUCUGGUAGAAACACCAACCAAAACGGAACUGAACCUCCACCAGCUGAACUGUGAUAUUCUUCUUACAACUUGUUAAUUUGAGAAUUGAUCAGGAAAAACAAAUAUAAAUAGUGGCUGCGCAUCGUUGAGGUUGAUUCCUCAUAGCUUUUGACAUUAAACUGUCUUUAAAAAAAACUGGAUUAAACAAGAAAAUAUUCUCCAUGAUGUCAACCACCACAGGUUUCUGAAGAGCCGAAAAGAAGCUCAAGUCACCAUCUUGGCAGCUUCUGACUGCUCCUAACUCAAACUAAUGCGAGGAAACUUUAACCCUUUAUCAGGCAAAGAACUAUAUUUGGUAACUUCAGGUAAUAUUUUGAGAAAAAAUUAUUAGAUUA